AUGGUACUUUUUGUUCUUUUUCAAGAACCAUGGUUUCUCGCAAACCCAAGUCUCAAGCAUCAUCAGAAGAUACCCUCCACUGCUGCUGUCAAAUCCUCAAAUGAACCUUUGCCCAAAUUUGAGUUUUUCCUAUCCAAUGGCUUUACAAGCUCUGACAUUGCCACAGUGUUAACUAGAAUUCCGCACAUAUUGAAAAGAAACUUGGAAAACCACAUAAUUCCCUCUUUUGUUUUCCUUAAGAGUUUGCUUGGAACUAAUGAGAACACUAUUAUUGCUUUGACACGUUUCUGGUCUAUCCCCGUGGUUAAACUUGACACUUGUGUGAUUCCUAAUGUCAAUCUUCUGCGAGAAAUUGGAGUUCCUGAAUCAAUUAUAUGUGGCUUUAUUAAAAAAUGGACUAGAGCUAUUACGACAGAUACAGUUCGAUUCAAAGAGAUUGUUGAGGGAGUCAAGGAAAUGGGAUUCAAUCCUUUGCGUUUAAGUUUUGUUCAGGCUGUUUUGGCAUAUAGUGGAAUGAAUAAAUCCACAUGGGAGAGGAAGGUCAAUGCUUAUAAGAGGUGGGGUUUGUCUGAGGAAGAGAUUCUUGUAGCAUUUGGAAAGAGCCCCCAGUGUAUUACAGUAUCUGAGGAUAAGAUUAUGCGGGUGAUGGAUUUUUUAGUCAACGGGAUGGGUGUGGAGGCUUCCCUUAUUGUCAAAUGCCCAACACUUAUAAGUUUGAGCUUGGAGAAGCGACUUAUUCCAAGGGCUUCAGUUAUUCAAGUUUUACAAUUGAAAGGUUUGGUUAAGAAGAAUAUGUACUUGCCUAGGGUGUUUGUGUGUGCGGAGGAGUUGUUCCUGCAGAAGUUUGUGAUGUGUUAUAAGUAGGAAGCGUCUGACAUUUUGAAGCUAUACAAGGAAAAAUUGGAUCUUUAGAAAAUGACUACAAAAUUGAAUAUGUAUCAGGCAAGGAGUGAAAUGAAUCAGUUAUAACCCACAUUAUGAAUCAAAUUUUCCUUCUAUAUAGUUACUUGAUCCACUAGAAUCCUUUGGUGUUAAUCUUGCUUUAGUUUACGCCCAGAGUACAACUAAUUUAAUUCCCAUAUAUGAUCACCUAGUGCUUUUUCACCAAGCUUGGAGAAGAGAAGUAUUACUGGGUUUUAUGGAAUUUUUGUUAUUGAGACUUUUAUUUAAGAUUAACUUUUAGAGUGACUUGUUUGUUUGAGGACCCUGAAAAGUUAUUCCUGCAGAAAUUGACGAAUUAUUUGGAGGAAACUUCUUAGCUAUUGAAGCUAUAAAGGGAAACCGGAUCUUUCAAGCUAAGCAGGCAAUUAGUAAGAGGGAGCUUGGAUACAGGCAUGCGGCUGCUGUAAAUAUUUAUGUCAUGGAUUCGAAAUGCUGUGUUAUUUUUAUUGUGUUGCUCAAUCCCAUUGUUCUUGAACUUGCUUUGGUUCAUGUCCAAGAGUGGAAUUAAUUCAAGCUAGUUAUGCUAUUCGUAUUUUUUGAUUGUC